GGGGAGCUGUAGGGCGGGGAGGCGCAGCGGCAGCGCGGGAUGGGCAGGGCCGGGCAGGGCCUGGCAGGGCAGGACUACAACCUCCGCGGACCGCCCGACUCACUCUGGCCGCUCCCCUUGUCGCGGACCACGCCGGGCAGGCGGGCAGGGCGCUGUGCGCCCGCGAGCUGGGGCCGCAUGGGGCUCCCACGCGGCCGACUCUUCCGCCUACUACUCCUGCUCGUCGCCGUCUGCUCGGGGACCCUCUUGGCCCUGUACUCCUCGCCGGUGGAGCCGUUCCCGGAGCUCUGGUCGGGAGUCAGGGACAUCAUGACACCUCGAGAAUUCCUUGGACCCAAGGCAUCAAAUUCUGGGACCAGAAAGAGCCAACUUUGCCAACACUCGGUUUCCCUGGCUGUUAGUCAGCACCGCCGCUUCCGGCCCCGCUUUAAUCUCUCCACUCCAGUGCUGCUGUGGGAUGGCCUCUUUACCUCAGAGCUCUGGGACAGUCUGAGCCAACACAAAGCCCCUUAUGGCUGGCAGGGGCUCUCCCGCCAAGCCAUUGUCUCCACCCUGAGCCUCCUGAACAAAUCUGAGAGCGCACAGCUAUUUGUCCCCUCCAGGGAUCCCCCUUUGAAGUGCAUCCGGUGUGCUGUGGUGGGUAACGGAGGCAUUCUGAAUGGGUCCCAGCAGGGUCCGAAUAUUGAUGCCCAUGACUACGUGUUCAGACUCAACGGAGCGGUGAUCAAAGGCUUCGAGCGUGAUGUGGGCACUAAGAUCUCCUUCUAUGGUUUCACUGUGAACACCAUGAAGAACUCCCUCCUCUCCUACCACCACCUGGGCUUUACCUCUGUGCCACAAGGACAGGACUUGCGCUACAUCUUCAUCCCCUCAAGCAUCCGCGAAUACCUGAUGCUAAGAUCAGCCAUUUUGGGUGUGCCUGUGCCUGAGGGCCCAGAUGCAGGAGACAGGCCUCAGACCUACUUUGGACCCGAAGCUUCUGCCAGUAAAUUCAAGCUACUGCAUCCAGACUUCAUCAGCUACCUGAAAGAGAGGUUUCUGAAAUCAGAAUUGAUUAACAAAGGUUUUAAAGAUAUAUACAUGCCUAGUACUGGGGCCCUCAUGCUGCUGACAGCCUUGCACAGCUGUGACAAGGUUAGUGCUUAUGGAUUCAUCACCCGCAACUACCAGAAAUACUCUGACCACUAUUUUGAAAGACAGAAAAAGCCACUGAAAUUCUACGCAAACCAUGAUCUGCGCCUGGAAGCCACCCUGUGGAGGGAACUACACAAGGCCAGUAUCCUUUGGCUGUACCAACGCUAACUCCAAAGUGCAGAUCCCUGUGCUGUUUGCAGAGCUGUGACUCAAGAGGCCAACACCUUUUUCUUGAUUUUUCAACCUUUGAGAGGGCCUUGAAGUCUGCAACUUUCUUCUUCCCACUGAAGAGUACUGGGAUGAACUUGUGACUGACAUCAAAGACCACUCAAAGCAGGUUACCCCAUGUUGUCCUUCCUGAAUCUGAUUGACAUCUUCACGUAGCCACAGGAAAAGUGGACUGCUUUGUUGGAUUUAAAACUGAACAUUCCCAAGAAGUAGCCAGGUAUACCUGAGACAAGCAGCGCCAAGCUGAAAGCACAUACCCAGCCUUUCAGAAUGUUAGUGAGCCCCGUCAGGGCCCAUCAGUAACCAAGACCAAGCAGCGGGUGAGGGCAAAUGCUUCUCCCUAGCCCAAACUUGCCACGGAUGUCAUCUCCACACAAACACCAAAGCCAUUUAACUCUGGUAACAUGAAACUUCUGCUUCGGGAUGAAAUGGUAGAACAAAAAGUAGACUGUAACUUGAGACUAGAUAACUGCAUAAAUGAUGGAUGACCA